AUGUUCAUUUAUAAUUUCCAUCCAUCUUAUACAUAUAUUUUCUCCAAAUAUCUAUCUAUCUAUCUAUCUAUCUAUCUAUCUAUCUAUCUAUCUAUCUAUCUAUCUCAGACUCUAUCUAUUAUACAUCUAUCUAUCGAUCUAUUUAUCUAUCUAUUAUACAUCUAUCUCGACCUAUCUAGCUAUCGAUCUAUUAUACAUCUAUCUAUUGAUCUAUCUAUCUAUAAUACAUAUAUCUAUCUAUCUAUAAUACAUAUAUCUAUCGAUCUAUUAUACAUCUAUCUAUCGAUCUAUCUAGCUAUCUAUUAUACAUAUAUCUAUCGAUCUAUUUAUCUAUCUAUCGAUCUAUUUAUCUAUAUCUAUGUAUUAUACAUCGAUACAUCUGUCUAUUAUACAUCUAUCGCGAUCUAUCUAGCUAUCUAUUAUCUAUCUAUCUAUCUAUCUAUCUAUAUAUAUAUAUAUAUAUAUAUAUAUUAUAGAUCUAUCUAUUUAUUACGUCUCUAUCUACCGAUCUCUUUAUCUAUUAUACAACUAUUGAUCUAUCUAUCUAUCUAUCUAUCUCAGUGUAUCUAUUCUCUAUCUAUCGAUCUAUUUAUUUAUUAUACAUCUAUCUAUCGAUCUAUUUAUCUAUUAUACAUCUAUCUUGACCAAUCUAGCUAUAUAUUAUACAUCUAUCUAUCGAUCUAUUUAUCUAUCGAUCUAUUUAUCUAUCUAUUAUAG